GAACCACAGCAGAUUCUCUCUUCUUUUUUUUUUUGUUCUUACUCUCAUCAGAUGUGAUUAAUUUUCAGUGCAUGGCAACUAGAAGUGCAGCUUCAGACUCAAAAUCACAUAUGCAACAAGGCAGGACAUGUCUAUGCUCCCCCACCGCACAUCCUGGAUCAUUCAGGUGUAGCCUGCACAGGAACUUCCAUAGGGUUCCCAGUGUAUCAACGGUCAAGGUUUCAUCAAAGAAGUGGGAGUUGGCUGUGAUUGAUAAGGCAAAUUCAUUGAAGGCAUUUCUGCUUCAGAUUAUCAAGCCUUCUAGUCAUGAUCUUCAGAGGAGGAGGAACUUUCGCCCCAGGCCAACCAGGUUUUGCUUAAUGAAUGCCAGUAGAGAUGGGGUUGCAGUUUCUUGAUCUUAGCUCUCUCUCUUUUUUCAAAUCGUUAUGGUAUUUUUUUUUUUUCUGAUUCUA